AGUCAAUCUGGCAACUUUUGUUGCUCGAUUCCUAUUUGCCCAGUCAACUUGCAACCACCAGUUUGUCUUGUGUGGGCCAAUGGUUACACUUCUGGCCCGAGGAUUAUGUAUGACAGUCCCCCAUGUUCUCCCAGAAGCCGCAAGCAUGUUCCGACCGCCGACAAGGUAUUUGACCCAGAUUGCUUAUAAUAAGGAGGACAAGGAGGCACGCCCCAGAAAGCAACAUACAAUUCCCAUGACCCUUCAUGAGCUUUCACAGGCUAUGUUUGCAUUCCAGGAUUCUGUGGACUCUCGCUUGAGGAGCAUGGAGACGCUCCUUCUUGUGCAACAAUGGCAGGUGGAGGAAAUACUUGAAUACACCCGGGAACAAGGAACAAAGAAGGCUGAGCAUGGGGCAGGAUCAAGUUUCGGGCUUGAACGAGCUUCCGAGAAGAUAAAAUCGACAUUCGGGCCGAAAAUCAGUGAAAUGGGGCCAAGAUCUCGUAACAGCCGCGAAGCCCAAUGGACCAAGGCCUCAAGGCGUCCAACUUGGAUGCUUGGCCAAGUUGGACGCUUGGAGUUGGACGCCUUGGCUGGAUUGCAAAUCAAGGAAGCCACGUGGCAAGCAGCGAAUGGACGGGCCGCGUAAGGCGUCCAACCUUGGACGCUUUGGAUCCGGACGCUUUGACUUGGACGCCUCGGCCUCUGUCCUAUAAAUACAGCGCGACUCUCCCCAUUCAACACAUCACUUUCACUCCCAUUUUCGGGAAUUAAGCUUUAUAUUCCAGUUCCAAAUAUUAGUUUAGCAUUUUAGUAGUUUUAGAGUAAUUUUUGGAGGAAUUCUACUCCCGAUCAGUUCUGUUCCGCUUUUACGGAAGUUGUAAGUUUUCUUUAUUUAAUAAAAUGCUGUCUUAAUU